AUGGACGCGAGACUUACGGCCGCGAUAACCUCUCCUCUGCGACCCUGUCAAACCCCCUCCCUGCGGAGCUUCUUCGACUCGAUGAACCGUCUUUCGAUACAUGCGAAGGAUAGGCGACCGGUGACUGGCGAGAGGACGAUCUUCACGAGCGGUGCGUUCAUGGAGGCCAUGGAGUAUGUUAGCGAGACGAGCGGCGAGCACGGCGGGAUUGGCAGGCUUAGGACGAGGCCACCGGUGGCGAUGUUCCCACUUUCUCAGACUUCUGCGACCAAGACGGUGCAUGAGUUCGUCGGGGCGAUGUACGCGGUUUCAGCGCACGGGCGAGUCGGGCCAGCCGGGAACCAAGAAUCUAGACCAGGGCGGACACCGACAGCUCGCGGGCUUAUUGGCAUCAAGGCUGGGCGGAUGGAACAACCAUUGGCGAGGGGAAUGGACGACGCAAGAUCUGAGGAGACGAGCCGGGAGGACGGAGCGCGAGGGUGCGAGGGCGAGACGACGUGCGAGAACAAGGCGAGGAGUGGGGUAGCGAGCCAGGGUGAGGCGGGACUCGAGGGGAAGGUGACGACGGUGGGCGGAAGGAAGAUCACAGCGGUCAGCCAGCGUCGAGGCGGCUACGCGCUCACCGACUUCUUGCAGGCGAUGAGGAGGACGGUGGCGAUGGGUCCGAGGCGUCCUGCGGUCGAGAGUCCACAAGCAACGGUCACGGACGAGAGGAUAGACGAGCGAGUCGUGGAACGUCCCUGGGAAGGAGACCCCGAGGCGACUACCAGCCCUGCAGAUACACAGAAGACGGUUCGACCUGGCUUCGCGGAGUCCGCCGCGGCGCAGCUAUCAUCGAGCUCGAAGCCUGGGAGCCUGCUUGGAGUCGCAGCCGGCGCCGUAGGGCCGCGGAUAUCCAUGUUGUUCAAGAAUCAUUGCCUCGACUAUUCACUGUAUCGCCGCUUCAAGGCCGUGGUUCCUCUAACGUCGCGCUACUGGUCAACUACGCGCCUGGGAGUGCUGCCUGGAGGCGAGGACGGUCAUGAAUGCGGGGUUGCCAAUGUGGUGGACGCUUUCGAGGCAGCGGCUACUCAGCGUGAGCGUGCGAUGCGGGCUACGAACGGGAGUAUGACGAUAGCGGCCAAACGACUGCUGGAGCGCGGUGCGAACACUUGCCGGAAGGAACAGAUGGAGGUCGCGUGGUUUUGGCAGCAAGUUGGUCAAGCGUUGGAGGGCGGGAUGCGUCGUGCCGGUGCUGGGAUCGAUCGACUUAGACGAAUUUUGUAG